AUGAAGCCCUCUCCCCUCCUCCCCCUCGCCCUCCCGUCCCUGGCAACAGCCUCAACAAUAACCCUGACCGCAACUCUCUGCUCCUCGACGGCGAACCAAGACCUUACUCCCUUCACCAUCAACCUACCCACCAACAACCUCACCCCCCUCGUCUCCGACCCCGACUCGGCUAUCUGUCAACUCAGCAUAACCAGCACAUCCUCCGACCUCGACCCCAACAGCGUCUCCUGCACCGUCUACGCCCCAACCCUCAACCCCUCCCUUAGCAACCCCCUCCCCUCUACCCUCUCCCUGCACCACGCAAUUGAAAACGCCCGCGUCGGAAGCGCUCUCUGCACCGCCCUCCCCGCCCACCCCUUCCUCCAUCUCACCCGCUCGCUCUUCGACUACCACGCACCCUCGACGCCCCGCUCCGCCGGCGACCCCUCGCACACCGGCAGCCCCAUGCGCGUGGUCGUCGAAAAACGGCACACGCAAACGCUCUACGUAAAGCGCGAAGCCCGCCCUGUAAACGGCGAUCCGGCAAGUCCGGCGGGCGAAGGAGGAUCCAAACCUAUGGAUAAGCCGGGAGAUGGGAAGAAAGAGGAGGUAGGCGAGCAGAAGAGAGAAGAGGCGGUGCCGACGUCGAAGGAGAAGCGAGAGGAAGCGGUGCCGACAUCGAAGGAGAAGCGAGAGGAAGCGGUGCCGACAUCGAAGGAGAAGAGAGCGGAGGCAGUACCAACGUCCAAGGAGAAGAGAGCGGAGGCGGUGCCAACGUCCAAGGAGAAGCGAGAGGAAGCGGUGCCAACGUCCAAGGAGAAGCGAGAGGAAGCGGUGCCGACGUCCAAGGAGAAGCGAGAGGCGGCGCCUACAGGCAACACAGGGGAUAAGAAGAAAGAAGAGAAGAGGGCGACGGAAGGUGGGAUUUAUAUUGGUGGUGCACCGGCGGGUGCAAGAUUGGACAUGUGGCAAGGAGAAGCAAUUUAG